UUUUCGUAAGCGCCAUUGGGUUGUUGCGCAAGUUCAAAGCUAGUCAUUUGCACGACGCGUAACCGGCAGUGUCAACGUGUAUUGUGAACGUAGUUUUUUAAUGGAAAAAGUAGUUUUGAGAUCAUAAAAUGAGUGCCAGGACCAACAAAAUACUGCAACUAUGCACUGAAGCUUCAAGAAAACCUUUAUUACAAGCUCUCGAACAUGACUUUAUUUUUGUAGAUGACUUGAUACCUGAAAAUUUGACUAGCGAUGUGUUACUUAGCGAAGUAGCAGAUACUAUUCCUCAAGUCUCUGAACAUGAUCUAGUGGGUAUGAAUCCACAAGAAGAACAUUAUACCUAUACCGACCAAAGUCUUCAAGUUUUAGAAAUCGGUGUUGUAACGGACACUCAUAAUGAUAAAUUAUCUACCGUUAACCCAAAUGAUACAAAUUCUUCGCCUUCUGCUGCUGCGAUUCAUAAUCAAAAAUUAUGUUCCCCCUCUGCUGCCCCAAGCACAAAUGUAUCAUCUUCAUCCAGUGCGUUUGAAACAUCAAUAGAAACAGGAAAAAGGGGAAAGAGAAGAAGGAAGGUGUUAUCUGAAAAGACCCAAAAUAAAAAAAAUAGAAACAAAGGUGCCCCAUACACCAAUUAUAAAGGAGUAACAAAGGAUGCUAGACAAGUAAAAUGUAAUCCAUGCAAAGUCCGUAAAGAUCGGUGCAGGAACAAGUGCAAUGAGUUUUCCGAAGUAGAACGUCAAGAAAUUUUUGACAAUUUUUGGAUGAUUGGCGAUCACGAUAAACAAUUGUCGUUUAUAAAUGGAUGCGUAGGAAUAAAAUCUGUGAAACGCAAAAGAACCAAAAAAGAAAAUUCUCGGCGUAAUUCGACAUUUGAACAUUUUUUAACUAAACGUGACGGUAUCCAGUAUAAAGUCUGCCAACAUUUCUUUAUAAAUACUCUAGACAUAACACAAAGAGUUAUAAGAACGGCAGUAAAAGGAAAAGUAGCGGACUUCAGCGACCAACGGGGAAAGCACGAACCCAAACAUAAAAUCACUAACACGCAAAGAAAUAAUUUAAGAAAGUUUAUUAAUUCAUUACCAGCAGUACCCUCUCAUUAUUGUAGAGGUUCUACGACAAAACUUUAUUUACCUGCCGAUAUUAGAUCCUUUACCAACUUGUACAAUUUGUAUUCUAGUCACGUACGGAAAGAAGAAGCUGAGCCUGUAGCAUACACUACUUUCAAGAGAACUAUACACAAGGAAUAUAAUAUUGGCAUUCACGUUCCCAGGAAAGACAAGUGUGUGAAAUGCCUAAAAUAUUCUCAGCUUUCCGAAGCGCAAAAAACAGAAAAACUUAAACAAGGGUAUGAUCAGCACAUUAAAGAGAAAGACGAAGCAAAAGAAUUUUUCUUAAGUGAACAACAGAAAUCGAACAGUAACAAGUACAUAGUCGCUACUUUUGAUCUACAGAAGGUACUUUCUACACCACAUGGUCCCGGAAUGGUGAUUGGUUUCUCAAGAAAGUAUGCCUACUACAAUUUCACAAUUUACGAAAGUGGUACCAGAACUGGGUACUGUUUUGUAUGGGGUGAAAGAGAUGGUCAGCGUGGAUCCAAUGAAAUAUGUACACACCUUUACUGGUAUCUUACACAAGUGGAUAAAUCAGGUUUAUAUGAACACGUAAGUUUAUUUUGUGACAGUUGUUCCGGGCAGAACAAGAAUAAGUUUGUUUUCACUACAAUUUCAUAUUUUUUGAGCGAAGCUCAAAACGUUAAAACAGUUUUGUUGACCUUCCUCGUACCAGGUCAUACUUACAUGCCUGUUGAUAGCAUGCACGCUACUAUUGAAAAACAUAUACGAAAAAUGAAUGUCCAGGCACCUUCUGAAUGGCCUACAAUUUUGAGAAAUUGUAGAAAGAAACCUUCACCAUAUAUUGUUCGCUCUGUUUCAUAUUCCGAAUUUUUAAACUGGAAAGAAAUUUCAAAUUGCAAAAAAUUGAAAGCUACAACAGGUGAACAAAUAAAAUUUGCUGAAAUAAAAUCGGCUGAAUUUGACAGUCAACCUAGCGUUGUAAAAUUACGGUUAGGUUACCGCAUAGAUGAUCCAGUUUACAAUGUAAAACUAAGUGUUAAAAAAGUGAUCCCUUCUCAAUUAUAUCACGAAGAGCUUCCUAUUAAUGAUGAAAAGCUGAAAAACUUAACCAAUUUGUGUAAAACCGGUGUUAUCAGCAGUCAAUAUCAUUUUGAAUAUUUGGCCUUAAAAUCAUCUGUCUCCGUUGAAGAUACUCUUCCAGAAACGGAUGUAGAAGAUGAAUUUUAAGCCAUAACUCUAAAAAAACUAUUUUUAUACCUUCUAUUUUUGUCGUUGUUGAAUGUUCAUGUCAGUUUAUAGAGAGAUAUAUUUUUUUUCAAUAAAUUUUACUGUUUUUUUGAAAUCAGUUUUUCCGAUAUUAAUUUGUUCUAUUGAGUUUAGAAAUGCGUAUCCGACAGUAAUAAAAAAUUUUCAUAAGUUUAUAAAAGACGCAAUUGCCGCUUAAGCGCCAUAAUUGUUUUGUUAGUAAGAUAUCAAAAACGCGUAAGUGCUGUCAAAUAGAGACGUAAACGCCACUCAUCAGAUACAAAAGACUUAAGCGACAUUUUUUUUAAAUUACAAGAAAAUUUAGCAAUUGUCAUAGAAAGUAAUUCUUUAGUAUUGAACAAGAACGUGUUUCAAGUAGCUAGGAUCAAGACAGUGACUUAAUUCAAAUUCUAUAAACAACAAAUCAGUUUUUUCAUCACUGCACAAAUUGUGUACAACACCGCUUACGUCU